AUGGAUAAAUAUUUGAAGCGUAAGCGGAUAUCUGAAGAAGAGCACGGGGGUAAUGGAAAUAGUGGCGAUGAACUGAGACAUGAUGCCGAAAGAGAGUCCGCACCUAAGUCAAAAUUACGCAAAUAUGAUCCUGAAUAUUUACAAUUCGGAUUUAUACCGUACAAAGACAACAGUGAUCAGCCACAAUGUGUCAUUUGUUUAAACGUGUUAUCGAACGAAAGUUUGAAACCUGCUAAACUGAAGCGCCAUUCAAAGCAUAAUGAACUAAAAGACAAACCUGUUGAUUUCUUCAAACGUCGAGCAGAAGUAAAUGCAAAUCAGCAGAAAAUUAUUAGCACUGCGACAGCAGUGAAUGAAAAAGCUCUUAAGGCUUCGUAUAUUAUGCCAAUGCGAAUAGCUAAGAGCAAAAAAGCACACACGGUUGCGGAGAGUUUGAUUAUGCCAGCGGCUUUAGAAAUAUGCGAGAUAAUGUUAGGAAAAGAAGACAGCCGAAAAUUACUGUCUAUACCAGUAUCAAACGAUACCAUCAGAAGGCGAAUUUGCGACAUGUCCAAUGACAUCCAAUUACAAUUGGUUGAGCGCCUACAAAGCAGUACAUUUGCCAUACAGUUGGACGAAAGUACUGAUAUUGCAGGCCAAGCGCAGUUACUGGUCUACGUUAGAUAUUGCUUUGACAAUGAUGUGGUCGAGGACUUUCUGUCCUGCAAACCUGUGCCACUUAGAACGACAGGUGAAGAUAUAUUUGCAAUGCUAAAUGAUUUCUUCAUUGCUAACAAGCUUGAGUGGUCCAGCUGUAUUGGAAUUUGUACGGACGGAGCUGCAGCAAUGACAGGUCAUAAAAGUGGGGUUGUUGCACGCGUACGAACUGUUUCUCCGAAUAUUAUUUCCACACAUUGCAUGAUUCAUCGCGAAGCUCUUGCUAGUAAGGAUUUAAACGAAUCCUUCGGUGAAGUGCUAAAUACCGGCAUUAAACUAGUUAAUUGGAUAAAGUGCAGACCGUUGAAUGGACGACUGUUUGCUGCACUGUGCGAAGAAAGCGGCUCAGAUCAUCGACAUCUGCUGCUACACACAGAGGUUCACUGGUUGUCACGCGGAAAGGUACUUCAACGCGUCUUCGAGCUUUGCAGUGAACUGGCAUCAUUUUUGAUGGAUACAAACUCAGAGCUGGUGAAGUUUGUUUCAGAUAAUGUAUGGCUUGCAAAAUUGGCUUACCUGGCUGAUAUCUUUUGUCAGCUUGAUGCACUUAACACAUCACUGCAAGUCAGAGAUUCAAGCGUGUUGAAAACAACAGACAAGAUAACUGCCUUCAAGAAAAAGUUGAGAAUAUGGAAGACACGAGAACAAAAUAAAAGCUAUUAUGACUGGAUCAGAAAUCCAUUCAGUUGUGAGCUUACCGACUUGACCGGGAAGGAAGAAGAACAGUUGGCUGAAUUGUCUAGUGACAGAAGUCUCAAACUUAAAUUUCAAGAACAAACAUUGACUGCGUUUUGGUGCAACAUUAGGAACGAGUAUACGCUUUUAGCUGAGAGAGCACUGACUGUGCUGGUCCCAUUUGCAACUACCUACCAGUGCGAAGCAUCGUUCUCAGCAUUAGCUGUGAUAAAAUCUAAGUUUAGAUCACGUCUCCAGGUGGAAGAUGACAUUCGAAAGGUAACAAAUGAUAUUCUAUUAACUUUGGACUCUGGCUCUUCUGCAAUCUUGGUCUUGCUGGAUCUCAGUGCAGCAUUUGACACAGUGGACCAUGGAGUUCUGUUAAAACGGCUUGAGGAUGAAGUAGGCAUUCAAGGCUGUGCACUGAAAUGGUUUGUGCAGUGCAGGAUUUACGUAUAA